AACUGUUACACUAUGAUGAUGUUUGGAAAUGUAGUUGUCAUAUUUGAUGAUUAAAAUCGACAGGUUACACCAGACUCAGGUCUGUACUGGAAGAAGUAUGGCCCUAUAUAUAUUGAAAAUAAGUCUCUUAGUGUGAUCCAACCGGUUCCUUAUGUUACUUCAAAAGGAACACUGCGUGUCUUAAUGCGAUCUUUUGAUGGCGUCGACAAAGGUUGUAUAUCGAAAUCCAAUGAUGGUGGUCUUAACUGGGAUAAUGCAAAACCGACCGAGCUUCCUAACCCGAACUCAGGUAUCGAUGGGGUCAAGCUGAGGGACGGCCGUGUCUUGCUUGCUUACAACACAAUCUCAAGGGGUGUGCUUAAAGUUGCAGUGUCCACAGAUGAUGGUGGUUCAUGGGACGAAGUUUUAGCACUGGAAGAGAAUCCGGGGAUGGAAUUCUCUUAUCCGGCCGUUAUUGAGGAUAGCGAAGGACUCCUGCACAUCACUUAUACAUACGAUAGAAUCCAGAUUAAGGUAACAACUUCAUUUCUAGUAGUGGAACCUCGUGAUCAUCUAGAUCCUGUUAAUAUCGAGUGCAUCCGAGGAUCACGGUUUAAACUUUUGCAGCAUAUUAUCCUUCAACUGAAUUGA